AUGAAGCCCACCCACUGGGAUCCUUAUUUUGACAGGCUAUGUCAAAAACUGUCUGUCUGCCUUGACAUUUCAAGACGUAGCCAGACUGGCUUGCCUGGCGACUUGUGGUGUAUGGCCACUCUUCGCCCCGUCUUUGUCAGAUCUGCGAGAGCUGGCAUUGCCUCUGACCUGGUUGAGGCCAUUCGGCAAUGCGUACUUCAAGCCCAGGGUUCACCUCCUUUAGCUAUCCUUGAUCCCAAAAUUCACUCAUGGACACCAUCUCCUGGCCUGCCAAUGUCAAGCAGCGACUUUCUACAACCAUCUACUAUGCAAACCGCCUCUGCCUUCUUGCCGCCAGCUCAGGUUCGACAACAUGACCUAACUUUGACAGACGAUCCGAACUCGGCAUCGCAAUACCUACCGUGCUCUGGAACGUAUGCAGUUUUGGAAUCAGGAGAACUGCUUUCGGCUCUUGGUGUUACCUGCCUAACCAGCUUGGUAGAAGGUGAGAACCUCUCUGGGGAAGUGAAUCUGAAUAUAAGAAGGUCGAUAGACCUUGGAACUCAGGGGGUUUGGCGUGCAGAACUAAGCAGCACAAGCUCAAUGCCAAGAGCUUCGGCCAAAUGCUUGAUGUUUCAUAAAGGCGUCACCUCGACGCCAAAUUAUGGCCCGCCCUUUAGGACUAUCGAUAACAUUUCCACCUCUGCAAAAGUCUUAACAUCGCAAUUUUCUUCUCCUGCUCCCCUUCUUCAUGUCAAUUCAAGAGCAGAUCCAUUUUCAGUAUCACUGCCCUUUCCAAGUCCACCUACAAAUGGUCUAUCGCCUGAUUUUUCAUGCCCAACAAUAUCAAUCGCUUCGGUACUAUCCAACUCCUCUGCUCACGACACUACAGCCGGAUAUCUAGUGUCGUCUAUUCCAACAAGUCUUAUUGACUCACCUGUAUCACCAACGGCCCAGAUGACCGCAAAAACAACUUAUCCGACUGAAAUGAGUGCUUCGAUUGCCAGUUGCUUUCAGACUAACCAGCUGGAAAAAUCUAUGUCAGUAGCCUCUAAAGGCCUCAAUUAUCCUGGUUUCAGCAGCAUAACAUAUAAUGACCCAGCAUUCGCAGAUUCAUAUUCUGUCCAGCAAGCCACAGCCUCCAAUAGGCAGUCGGAUUUGUUUACGACCGGCCCAUAUCAGCUAUCUGAUCAGCUGACAAGCCGAUAUUUUUCUCCUUUUGUAAAUUCGUUGUCAAGCGAAUUACUUUCACCCGCCGAGUCUGUAAUGCCGUUGUUGAAGAAACAAACCAUGCAUCCUCUCUCCUCUGGCCUCAAUGCAAUCGGCUGGACAACGAUCGUGCCUGUUGGGCAGACUACACCUAACUACCUUGCUAACAGAUUUAGCAAACCAACCACUCUGAGUGAUGGUAAAACUAUUGCAUUUAAUAACCCCAAAUUGACUGACAUGACAAGGUAUCUCAUACAUGCAUCCUCUCUUGGGCUGACCUACUCACCUUUGUCCUAUGCCCAACUGACAGAUCCAAGUAUCACACACGUGCUUCCCUUUCCACAAACUAAACUAGCUUCUUCUUCAGUGGUGGUCACAGCUUCUCCCACCAGUCUGACGACAUUCACUGGUGUGCCGAAUUUUGCCUUUCCAAGCGGUUUAGGAGCUUCAAUCUCUGCCUACUGCCCAUGCAUCGCAUGCCAACAAAUGGCAGCAGAUUCAGCCAGAAUUCUUGUCUCAAUGGCAGUUGGCCUGACACCAUCGGCUUCUCUCCCUCCAAAUUUAACUUUAAUUUCUGGACAAUUAGCCGAAACUCAUACUUUGGCUAACCAGCCCUCAGUUCAUCCUGGACUACCAACUAAUUCAGGAAACUUAGAUGGUCACAAUGAAGACAAAAGUGUCUGCUCGGCCAGUGCGGUCGAGGAGAGAGGCACGUGCAAAGUCAGCUAUCUGGUUGUGCAAGCAGGAGCCAAAACAAGGUUUACUUGCGAUGUAAGCCCUACUUUGAAAGAUACUAAUGGUCGGAAUAAAUUUGAUUACAAUAGCAGGAUUAAAACGAGUGUAAUAUAG